AAUCCUUGCCGGAAACUUUGGUUCAUCGCCCCGCCCGUCCUCUUCGAUAUCUUAACCGACCCCUUCUCCUCCUCUUCUGCUUCCUCGUCUCCCUUCUUCCUCUUCUCGCCAAUCUCACCUGAUCGAAACCCCAACCAUUUUGAUCAUCUCCAAUUUCUCGCCCUCCCCCAUCGCCAUGAGAAGGAGAUCGAUCCAGUCCACUUCUGCCGCAUCUUCAUCUUCCCGCCACUUCGAUCAUCCCACAAACCCGCACCCCCGCCGAACCCUAGAUUGGGUUCCGAUCAUAUGGCACCGAAUUCGCGCACUCCUUCAAGUCCUGGUGGCGGUGGUGCUAAGAAAGUUUUGGGGCUCUGUCCCGAACCGCCCCGGAUCAACUUCGAACCGCGAGUCCGCCGAAGAUGAUCACAACAACACAUCCAUGGGUGAUCUCGAUCGUCUGCCCACCGAUGUCUUCGUGCAGGUACUGAAGCUCCUUGGGCCGAAGGAGGCCGCCAGGUCGGGCCUCGUGUGCAAGUCGUGGAAGGUUUUGGUGUCGGACAAUAGACUCUGGGUCUUCUUCCUAACGCAUGGGAAGCAUCCAUUCGACACCGUGCUAUUUGCCGAGACGCACUUGAGAUCAGGGCCGAUGUUGUACUUUGAUCACUCGCAGCAAAUAUCCUUCAUGCACAUCUUUGCAGAACGUGCCAUAGUUCCAGGUGCCAUUAUUGUUGAUGGUGGAUCUGGUUAUUGCAAAUAUGGUUGGAGCAAAUAUGCUGCUCCAUCUGGACGUUGUGCAACAUUUUUGGAAUUUGGCAACCUGGAGUCUCCAGUGCAUUCAAGGCUUCACCAUUUCUUCUCGACAAUCUACAGCAGGAUGCAGGUGAGGGCAUCAUCUCAUCCAAUAAUUGUCUCUGUUCCAAUCUGCUACCCUGAGGAUACUGAAGCUGCCAGAGCAUCUAGGAGGCAAUUGAGAGAGGCAAUAUACUCGGUCCUGUUUGAUAUGAAUGCUCCAGCAGUUUGUGCCAUUGAUCAAGCUGUUUUAGCUUUGUAUGCAGCGAGACGGACUUCUGGAAUUGUUGUUAAUAUCGGUUUCAAUGUCACCUCAGUAGUCCCAAUUCUUAGAGGCAAGGUGAUGCAUGAAGUGGGAAUUGAAGUGUUGGCAUUAGGUGCUCUAAAACUUACUGGAUUUCUCAAGGAACUAAUGCAGCAGAGAAAUAUAAAUUUUCAGUCUCUAUAUACUGUUCGAACAAUCAAGGAGAAACUGUGCUAUGUGGCCUCUGAUUAUGAUGCAGAGUUGCAUAAAGAUACCAAACAAUCAUGUGAAGUUGCAAGUGAGGGUUUGUUCACCCUAUCAAAAGAAUGCUUCCAAACCGGAGAGAUUCUUUUUCAGCCACAUAUUGGGGGACUGCAUUCAAUGGGUUUGCAUCAAGCUGUAGCUUUGUGUAUGAACCACUGCUUAGCUGCUGAAGUUGCGACUAAUGAUGGAUGGUUUAAAACCGUCGUUUUGGCUGGUGGAACAUCAUGCUUACCAGGAUUGCCCGAGAGGUUGGAGAAAGAGCUCCACAAACUUCUUCCACCAUUAAUUUCUGAAGGAAUAAAAGUAAUUCCUCCACCAUAUGGCACUGAUUCUGCCUGGUUUGGAGCAAAGAUCAUCAGCAAUGCUAUAUUCAUGAUAUAUUGGAUAAUGGCUCCAAGCUCAAUUUCACAGGAUCUGAGAUGACUUGCUACCUCAGAGAAACAAACAAAAAAUAGUAUCCGGAACAUAUACCAUGAGCAGCAUACCAUGUAAACAGUCUUUUCUAAGUUCUAGUGCACGCAACUGAUGGAAAUGAGGGUGCCAUAAAUGUUACAACUGUUAAUGUCACACAGUAAGCAGAACCAACAUCUACUCCUAACAACGUAUCUCCAGAGGAGAUUAAUAAAGCCAUACUCGAAGAAACAGUAUUACAUGAUUCAUUCAUAACUUAAUACUCCAGAAACAAUAUUACAUGGUCCCUGCAUCGUUGCAGAUCAAAGUGCCUGACGGAUCAGCUCACAGUGGCAUCAAGCAUCAUUGGUGGAACUCAGAGCCUGAGCUGGACUCUAGUAUAUGAGCAAGCAACAAGUCUUCCUUCCCAUGCCCUGAAUUGCUGCUGACUCGCAGCUUCUUGGCGGAGCUCUCAUGCCUGGGGCUUGUCGAAGGAGAGCUAACAUGGCAGCCUGAGUCGGGGGUCAAUGGCUCGCGACGGGAGGAGAAUGAAUCAUCACAUGAAAUGCUCUUGAAGGCCCCGUUGGCAUCGCCAAGUUCCCUACCAAUGGACUUUUCUUGGCCAGGGGAUUCUGAAGUCGGAGCUGGGGUUGAAGGGUCAGUCUUCUCGGAGUCUGGGCACUGGUCACCUGAAGCGGGUGCAGGAAUGUCUGCUCCAGGUAAGUCAGCAAGCACACCACUGAGUCGCUGCUGUUCGUCGAUGAUCUUCUUCAGAUACUUCCCUUGGGCUUCUAUUCUUAGCUGCAACUGCCUUUGUACCUGUUAAUAUAUUCAGAAACUUUCGCAUGAAGUUCCAAGUUCAUCGAGGCCAAUCUCAUCGACUGGAAGCUCACAUCAAGCUUUUCUACAUGUGCUCACAAAUUGAGUUUACAAGUGAUAAUUUGCAAAGGAAAAGUUCCUAACAUUUAAAGUGAUAGAAAUAAAAAAAAACUUUUAAA